AUGAAGAGGACGCUGGUUAUCUCCUCCACGGAGGCAGCCAUCACCACGGCCAACAUCUGCCAGCGCUUCAGGUCGGUCCUGAGGUUCCUCUCUCAGCACGUCUACGUCUUCACCGGGGUCGCUGUCGCAGGCGCGAGUGUCUUGAUGCUGCGGAGCUGGCUGGCCGGAGGCUGCUGUCGGUGCACCAAGCGCAUGGACGGUAAAACCGUCAUCAUCACCGGCGCCAACAAUGGCAUCGGCCGGGAGACCGCGCGGGAGCUGGCGAAACGAGGUGCCCGGGUGAUCAUGGCGUGCCGGGACCUGGAGAAGAGCGAGCUGGUGGCCGAGCAGCUGAGAGCCAGCGUCUGCAGCAACAACAUUGUGGUCUACAAGCUGGACCUGGCCUCGCUCAACUCCAUCCAGUGCUUCGCCAGGGAGGUGGUGGAGAACGAGGAUCACGUCGACAUCCUCAUCAACAACGCAGGUGCUGCCAUUGGGCCGAGGGAGGUGACUGAGGACGGCUUCGAGAUGCAGAUCGGUGUCAACCACUUUGGCCACUUCCUGCUGACCAUCCUCCUCCUGGACCAGCUCAAGUCCAGCGUGCCCAGCCGUGUCAUCAACGUCUCGAGCCGGGCCCACAGGAUUGGUAAAAUUCGCUUCAACGACAUUAACAUGAAGGAGUGCUACGAUCCUCUGGUCGCCUACUGCCAAAGCAAGCUGGCGAACAUCCUCUUCACCAGGGAGCUCGCUCAGAGACUGCAAGGAACAGGGGUGACGGUGAAUGCUGUACACCCGGGGAUUCUGUGGACCGAUAUGACCCGCAAUAUGAUGUACCACCAGCCCGUCUGGGUGCGUUUGCUCAUUGCACCGCUUUACUUUUGUCUGAAGACUGCCAAGCAGGGGGCUCAGACUACCAUCCACUGUGCUGUCACCCCGGAACUCGACACUGUCACUGGGCAGUACUUCAGGGACUGUGAGCUGUCGGAGGUCGCUUACUACGCCCAGGAUGAGUGCACCGCCAAGUCACUGUGGGACCUGAGCGUUGAGAUGGUCCACCUGGAAUCGUCACCCUGCACCAUCAACGACAGCCUCUACUGGUCCAUGUCUCACCUGAUUCGGGGCACCAAAAAGAAGAGCCACACUUGUGUUUACUGAGCUGAUGUGUGUGCAAUUACAGAUAGAGUAAAAGAAGGACAGCUAUAUCGAG